AAAAUUUCCAGAGGAAAAGGAAAGUCAUUAAAAAAACAAUUAAAUACGAAGCCACGGGAAGUGGAAGCAUUUUAAUUAGGGUUUCAUGUCAUUGACGACCCCUUCGUUAUCGCCAAAAUACGAGCCCUAGGAUUACCAUACCACCACCGAGACAAAACAAGAGUUCCCCAAACCAGAGAUCGAGUAGAUUAGAGUUUUUUUUUUUCUCUUUGUUCUUGUUGGUUCAUCAUCAUCAUCAUCAAUCAGGAUCGUAAAUUUUUCCAUGAAAAAAGAACCUGAAUCUUCGUUUGUUCUGUUAUUUCUCGACAGAUCGGUGGUUUAAAUUUGCAAAAAAAUGGAUCAAAUCUAAAGCAUUCUGGACGAUCAUGAUCUUUUUAAAAUUUCUCAUUAACCCAUGGGAUUAUAUAGAAAGAAACUUCACGAAUUUCCGGAGCCAAAAAGCCAAGCAGUGACAUAUUGAGGAGGGAGAUUUGGAGGGAAAAUGUAUAAGUCGGUGGUUUACCAAGGGGAUGAGCUACUGGGAGAGGUAGAGAUUUACCCAGAAGAAAAGAAUGGCAACAAGAACAUCGGAGUGAAGGAAAUCAGAAUAAGUCACUUCUCGCAACCGAGUGAGAGGUGCCCACCACUUGCAGUGCUUCAUACCAUUGCAGCCUCUGGAAUUUGCUUCAAAAUGGAGUCAAAGACCUCGCAGUUACAGGACACGCCGCUCUAUCAAUUGCAUUCCUCGUGUAUCAUGGAGAAUAAGACUGCUAUAAUGAUGUUUGGAGCGGAGGAGCUCCAUUUGGUAGCCAUGUAUUCUAGAGAUCAUGAUAAGCAGUAUCCAUGUUUCUGGGGUUUCAUUGUUGCAAUUGGACUUUACAAUUCUUGUCUCAUCAUGUUGAAUCUUAGAUGUCUUGGCAUUGUAUUUGAUCUUGAUGAGACACUUGUGGUUGCAAAUACAAUGCGCUCAUUUGAGGAUAGAAUUGAAGCCCUGCAGAGGAAAAUAAGCAGUGAGUUGGAUCAACAGCGUGCUUCAGGCAUGCAGGCAGAGGUUAAACGAUAUCAAGAUGACAAGUUAAUUCUGAAGCAAUAUGCAGAAAAUGACCAGAUUAUUGAGAAUGGAAAAGUGAUUAAAAGUCAAUCAGAGGUUGUUCCAGCAUUGUCUGGCAAUCAUCAACCUAUUGUUCGACCAAUAUUACGAUUGUAUGAAAAGAAUAUUAUACUGACUCGUAUCAACCCCCAGAUACGUGAUACAAGUGUUCUCGUCAAGUUAAGACCUGCCUGGGAAGAUCUUCGGAGCUACUUGACUGCAAGAGGUCGCAAGCGUUUUGAGGUCUAUGUGUGUACAAUGGCUGAAAGGGAUUAUGCUUUGGAGAUGUGGAGGCUUCUUGAUCCAGAUUCAAAUUUGAUAAAUCCUAAGGAAUUGUUGGAUCGCAUUGUUUGCGUCAAGUCUGGUUCUAGAAAGUCUUUGUUCAACGUCUUCCAAGAUGGGUUUUGCCACCCAAAGAUGGCUCUAGUAAUUGAUGAUCGUUUGAAAGUGUGGGAUGAAAAGGAUCAACCUCGAGUGCAUGUCGUGCCUGCAUUUGCUCCUUACUAUGCCCCUAAUGCUGAAGGAAACAAUGCUGUCCCUGUUUUAUGCGUGGCAAGAAACGUUGCGUGCAAUGUUAGAGGUGGUUUUUUCAAGGAAUUUGAUGAGAUCCUUCUGCAAAAAAUUUCUGAUAUCUCAUAUGAAGAUGAUGCAAAUGAUAUUCCGUCUCCUCCUGAUGUGAGCAACUAUCUUGUUUCAGAGGAUGAAUACUCUGUUUCUAAUGGAAACAAAGAUAUGCUUACUUUUGAUGGCAUGCCAGACAUGGACGUUGAAAGAAGACUGAAGGACGCAUUUUUGGCUUCUUCAACUAUCAACAGUGCAGAUCCACGAGUGUCUUCUCUUCAAUACACAAUGCCUUCUGCUUCUGGCGCUGUUCCACCUCCUCCAAAACAGGUGUCUCUGCCAUAUUUUCCAGACAUGCAGCUUCCCCAUGUCAACUCGGUGGCCCCCACUGAACCAAGUAUACAAUGCUCUCCAGCUAGAGAGGAGGGUGAAGUACCAGAAUCCGAACUAGAUCCUGAUACAAGGCGGAGGCUCCUUAUAUUGCAACAUGGGCAAGAUAUAAGAGAGCGCCCACCUAGUGAACCUGCAUUUUCAGUGCGGCCCCCUCCAUUACAGCAGGUUGCUGGUCCACGUGGACAAUCACGUGGAAGUUGGUCUCCAAUGGAAGAAGAAAUGAGCCCAAGGCAACUAAAUCGGCCUGCACGCAAAGAGUUCCCUGUAGAUGCAGAACCGAUGCGGGAGAAGCAUAGGUCCAAUCAUUCUUCAUUUUUCCCCAAGAUUGAUGGUUCCAUUCCACCUGAUAGAAUUCCUCAUGAAAAUCAGAGAUUGUCAAAAGAAGCUUUUUAUAGAGAUGAUCGUGCAAGAUUAAGUCGUAGGCCAUCUAAUUAUCCUGCUUUCUCAGGUGAGGAGGUUCUGAUGAAUCAAUCAUCUUCAAGAAGUCGAGAUAAUGACAUUGAAUCUGGAUGCUCCAUCUGGAGUGAAACUCCUGUUGGAGCUCUACAGGAAAUUGCAAUGAAGUUUGGCACCAAGGUGGAAUUUAAGUCGGCGUUGGUUUCCAGUGCAGAUCUACAGUUUUCUGUCGAGGCGUGGUUUGUGGGUGAGAAAAUUGGAGAAGGAAUUGGUAAAACAAGAAGGGAAGCUCAGCGACAUGCUGCUGAAGGUUCUAUAAAGAAUUUGGCCAACAUUUACGUAUCGCGUUGUAAGGCUGACUCUACAUCUGCAAAUGAUAUAAACAAGUUUCCCAGUGAUAACGGAUCGGGAAAACGAAUGAAGCUGGACUUCCACGGCCAUCUUCCAAAAACUAAAUAAAUAUUCUAUGAACUCCAUAUUUGUUGAUGACCCCUCUUGAAAAACCAUGUUUCGGCAUAUUUGAGGUUAAGAGCAUCAAGACUCCUCAGUAUGUUGGUCUACUACUUGCUUGGCCUUCUGCUGCUAGUUUCGUUCCAGAGGCAAAUUGCAAGAUCAACCUAUUCCUCUUCAUUCAAUUUCUUCUGAUAUCAGCAACGCUAUCUCCACGUGACAUGACUGUGUUCCCUGUGAAGUGUUCAUACUGAGGAUCGUGCUGCUGCUGAAUCUCCAUUAACCUGCAUCUGGGUCAUCUCGAGAUAAUGAGAUGAGCAUUAGUUGAAUCUUUUCUCCCAUUAAGUUGAAGCCCUUGCUCUUAAAAGGUGGCAAAAGGCUGCUGCUUUGGCGACUUAUUCACUCCAACAUGUUUGGGAGAUCAUAUUGGCGGAUCAAAUUUCUAUUUUUUUAUUUUUGAUGUGUCAAUAUCUAUUCUAUUCAGGAAUGUUUUCUUGAUCUGCGAACUCAUAUUACUCACAUUAGUAAACUAACCCUUAAAUGUUCCACAUCUAAAUAUAACCACGCACCCCGCCCCCAUUGAUGUCAUUCGAGCUCGAGAACAAUGUAGUCGGUGAUAGAGUUGUAAAGUGAGUUCUUUGAAUACUAUUUCUCCCUGGUUGUUUGA